UUAUGACAUGAUGGCGGGAUCACACAAACAGCAAAAAGAAGAAAACUAUUUAGACUUGCGUUACCAGUUUCUGCGUGGACUGAUUCAGUAUGAGGAGUGGCAGAGAACUCGGCAUUACCUUAAAUCCGCUGCAGAGUGCACUUCCCGCGCCAUCGUAUCAUUGGAGCUCAGUCCCCAGCCAAUCAGAACACCUCGUCAUGCUCAGCAACUUCAAAGUAUUGGAGGAGAAACAAUGAAAAAGCUGAAGAAGUUUGCUGAGGAGGAUCACUUGCCUAGAGAGCCUCCAUUGUCUGGAAAAUUUGUUAGCUCUGCUGGUGCUUUGUUGGUGGCUUUAAAGAAGGAGGAGGACAUGGUAGAGAAAAGCAGAAAUGAAGAUUACAUGCGUAUCUCAGAAGAGAGAUUGAAAGCUGGGGCAGCCAAGCUGUGUGAAGAAAGAUUUAGUAGGGACGGGUUCUGUCAGGCGUGGUGGAGACUGGAGGUGUUGAUUAAGAGGGGCCUCAUCAAGCGGAGGUUCCACAAAAAGCUACCUGUGUAUCAACUCCUUCCUGAGGGGCAGGAAAUGGCCAACAGACUUAUAGUUGAGUCAAGGAAUUCUGAGCGUAUCCACAAUGGGAUGCGGUCUGGAGACACUCCGUGGAGCCAUGGUCCUGUAUCUACACACACUGAACAUCUGGAGAGUGGCAUGAAAAGUCAAGGUUUGCCACAGAGCACUGGUUAUACAUCUACUCACAGACUCCUGCUACCCAGGGAAUCCAACAUAGACUCUCCCGAUGAGUCGGAGAAUGACAAAUCUACAGCUACUGUGACACGAGUGGCUACCGACUCUUUCUACAGACCUGUGAUGAAUUUUACACCCGAUGAAAACAAAUCCAAUUUCAGCAGGGAGAGAGACAAGUUUUUAUAUAAAAGCACUGGCUAUGAUGAAAAUUCUGUAAUAACAAAUGUUAAAGUAGAAAGGCAAGGUAACAGCCACAACAAGGCCAAGUCAGGGCUGUUACCAUGGCAGCAUGAACAAACAGGAACUGAAUGUUGUCAUGGAAAUGACAAAGGGAAUGAUGGUGUGGUUUUCAACAGAUUGGUGAUGGUGAUAGACUCAGCAGAGUGGAGCAAGGAUCAUGAAAAUCUGACAAAGUUAGGAGCAAUGCUGGACGAGGCAGGAAUAGCUCAUACUACCACCACUCUGACCUCAGGGGACUACCGCUGGAAGUGGCGGCAUGGUAUUGAGAGGGAACUACCCUGUCUUUUGGUCAGAAAGAGAGCAGGUGACUUGUCAAGGACGUUGAAGGAGGGGAAGUUUUGGAGUCAGGUACAGAAAAUGGUGGACUGGAAGAAAGAGUUCAUGACCUUUGACUUUCCGUGUGAACUGUUUUACAUCAUUGAGGGUGAGGCAGACUGCAGUGACAGAGGUCAGGGUCCGGGCAGGAAUCCGACCCCGACACAGAUCAAGAAUGCAGUUCUAGAUCUGCAGCGACAUCCAGACAUACAGGUCCUUCAGUCAGCCAGUACAGAGGAAACUCUGGCCAUUCUGGAGUCUAUCAACGCUGACCUGGACCAGAGAAUCAAGACAGGCAAAUUUGACAUGAUGUUGGAGAUGGAGUGGGAAAAAUGUCAAGAGACGUUCAUCAAUAUUGAUGACAGCGAUGAAGAGGUUCUCCCUUCCAGUGGCAGACAUGUUUCCACCCAGAGGUUUAGUGUGAACACCUCCAAUCUUCCAAACAACAGCGGAAAUAUCCACGAAUCUAAAUCUCAGGUCUGUGGAGGUAGUGGAAUCCUAAAAUCUCAUCCUCUGAGUGGAGGAGAUGGUGAUGACCUGAAUGAUAUCUAUCCUCUGGAUGGGGAGAUGGAAGAUCCAGAUUGGCUCCCAGAUAUCGCACAUGAACCUCGAAGUCAUGACAGAGUUUCAGAGACAGACAGUUCAUUAAGUACUGAUACAACAGGAAUUCACCAUAAAAACCUGAAGAGGAAAACCAACAGUGUACAAGAUCAAGAGAUAGUGACCAAGAAAAAGCUGUCGCUAUCAAAACCAGGAAGAAAUGAAGGGAAAGGUUUACAGAAUGGAUUCCUGUUGGACUCCGGCACCAGUGAUGGUGUAGAGGGGGAUGAUGAAGCCCCGAGUUCUAGUCAUUUUGGACGUCACCCUUCGAUCAAUGAAACCUGGAGAAAGUCUCAUCAGGGUGAGAUUUCUGGGGAGGAGGUGGAAGACUGGUGGAAUUCCAGGGACAAGGAGCCCCUAGUGAUGUAUCAUAACUCUUACGGCUUCACCCCCCGCACUCCAACCAAAGAUCCCAACAAACAGUCUGUCUCAAUCAACAAAGUUUCCUUCCACACAAACGAGAAAAACCACAAAGGUGUUACCAGCUGUAGGGGAUACAGACCAGUCAGCCCCGGGGAUGAGGAGGGACAGUCUGCAGGAGGUAGUGAAGGGUCAGGUCAAGGUCAGGAGAAAGUGACCCAAAUUCUGGACAUGUUCCCUGCACUGACCAGAGAAGUGGUUUACAAAGUCCUUACUAGGCAUUCUGGAGACCUUAACAGCUGUGUAGAGGAGCUUUUAGAGACAUAAGAGAAUCUUACAUCUUGAGGAGGGCAUGUUUUAUCAUUAUUUUGUUCUACUACAGAGUGUAAUGUUUUUAUGUGCAGCAGUAUUGAUAGUAGGUCUGUAGACCUGAUGGAAUGAAAUUGUUUUAUCUGUAAGAGAUUUCGUUUUCACAAAAAUUGAAAUAUUGGCAUGAAAUACAUGUAUCUUGUACACAGUGGUAUAGAUUCUUGAAUUAAUCUGUCCACAGGUGUGUGAUGUGUUGUUUACCUGUUUUAUUUACAGCAGUAUGAGAUAUCAAAUUCACAAGUAAAUAAAUGUUAAUAAAGUGAUUGUCAUGUUCAUGGUUGUAAAAAAUUUCAUCAGAUUUGGCCUGUUCAUGUUUGUAUUCUGUUGCAUUAUAUUCAAUGUACUUUUGAUUGUUGGUAGAUAUCAGGUUGUUGAGAGAUAUUGGAAGAUGUACUCUGUAUUGGUUGUACAUGUGUUGUGUAGAAAUAUCAUUACAUAAUGGGAUAUAUUGUUGGAAAUGUUCUAUACAGUUUGUAUAGAUAAAGUCCAUGUUGGAUAGAUAUUUGUUGAUCUCUUGUAAGAGAUUUCCUUUACUCAGUUUUAUGAGAUAGCAUGUACAUAUUGCUAAUGGUUGUUGAGCAGUGAUAUCUAUUAUCUAUAUGUAUACACCUAUACAAGUUAUCUUACAUAGUGGUGUAUGUAUUAAUAAGAGAUAUUGCAGAUGACCAGAUAUUGAUCAAAGAUAUCACAUGUACAGUUGUAUAGAUAUUAGAUAUCUGGUAAACAGUCGUGUAGAUAGAGAUCAUUUACACCAGUGUUUAUGUAUGUUGGUAAAAAAUAGCAUGUAUACAGGUAUGUAUAGAUAUUGAUCAGAGAUAUCAAAAACACAGUUGUUAGUUUUUAGUUCACCUGAGCUGAAAGCUUAAGUGAGCUAUUCUAAUCACAUUUUGUAUGACGUUCAUCCGUCUGUCCGUCCGUAAACUUUUCAAAUUUUCAACAUCUUCUCAAGAACAACUAGGCCAAUUUCAACCAAACUUGGCACAAAUCAUCUGUAGGCAAAGGGGAUUCAAAGUUGUGAAAAUUAAGGGUCACACCUGUUUUCAAGGGGAGAUAAUUAGAAAUUAAUGAAAAAUUUCGAGAAAUUUUCAAAAAUCUUCUCAAGAACCAUAAAGCCAGGAAAGCUGAAACUUGUGUGGAACAUCCUCAGGUAGUGUAGAUUCAAAGUUGUGAAAUUCAUGACCCCCGGGGGUAGGAUGGGGGCUCAAAGUUUUACAUAGGAAUAUAGAGUAAAUCUUCUUCUCAGAAACUGAAACUUGUGUGGAAGCAUCUUCAGGUAGUGUAGAUUCAAAGUUGUGAAAUUCAUGACCCAAAAGGGUAGGGUGGGGCCACAAAGGGGGCUCAAAGUUUUACAUAGGAAUAUAUAGAGUAAAUCUUUAAAUAUCUUCUCAGAAACUAAUCAUCCAGGAAAGCUGAAACUUGUGUGGAAGCAUCUUCAAGAAGUGUAGAUUCAAUGUUGUGAAAAUCGUGACCCCCAGGGGUAGGGUGGGGCCACAAUGGGGGGGGGGGUCAAAGUUUUACAUAGGAAUAUAUAGAGUAAAUCUUUAAAAAUCUUCUUUUCAGAAACUAAUCAGCCAGAUGAUUCUUUAUAAUUGUUAAGACUUUGUCUCCAGGACAAUUCUUCGGCCUCACAAGAAGGUUCAGAGUUUGAUGUAGCUUUAUAUCCCACAUAUAAACAAUUGUUAAGGAUCUUUUUGAGAACUGCAAUACUCAACAUGUGAUAUGACUAUAAAAUCAUCCUGUUCUAGAAAAGGGACUAAUAAUUAUAAACAUAAGAAUAUCCAGGGGGGAAAAUGAAUUUUAUUUAUACAGGAUCUACAUGUAUUAUCGUAGAUUGUCCAGAUUGUUUGUAUCAUGACUCCAUUAAGCUGAUUUUAUCAUACCUAUUGUUCCUCGGGUGAGCGAUGUGGCCCAUGGGCCUCUUGUUUAGCAUAGCUAUCAAUCAGAGAUAUCAAAAACACAGUUGUUAGCUAAUGAGUAUAGAUGCCCUGUACACAUUUGUUUUGAUAUUGAUCAGAGAUAUCUGUUACAGAAGUAGUACAGAUAUUGAUCAGAUAUUUAUACAAAAGUCUGUACAUACUGAUUAGAUAUUAUGUACACAGUUUUAAAGUUACCUGAGUGUAUAGAUAUUGAUAUCACUCACACUGACAGUGGAAAAAUGAUCAGAUAUGUACACAGGCGUUAAGACAUGAUGAAAGAUUUCACGUAUUACAAUACUGUUUAGAUAUUGAUUGAAGAUACUGGUACCAUGUUUUCAGAUGUAUAAAUAUUAACAAGAAAUAUUUUGUUCAUGCAUGAGUUGAUACUGCUUCUUGUUUUUCAUACUUUCUGUUAAAUGAAGCUUUUCCAUUA